AAUCCAAAUCGUCAAAAACUGAAGAAAUGAUUACGAAUGCCAUACCAAAUACCGAGUGUGCUCUGAUCAAAGCUGUUCAUUGGUGCACCAACAACGGAUUGUCAGAAAUCCCCAACGAAAAAGGAAUGGGGAGUAAUCAUUUCCCAUCAUCUUGAUCUUCCUCAUUCUUCCCCUUUCAAAUUUCCAUCCAUUUCCGCAUUUCAAGGCACUCCUUCUUCCGCCAUUGUCAAGGCGAAUCGAGCUUCAUCGAAAUGGCUCGACCCACCGUGUUUUUGAUCCAGAUCUUCGCCAUUUUCGGCUUUCUCCAUCUGGGUUUUGGUGCUCCAAUUUCUUUGGAAAAUCCUCUUCUCCGGCAGGAACAGGAUAAGGUCGGGGAGCUUCCGGGUCAGAACUUUGUGGUCAACUUUACUCACUAUUCUGGUUAUGUCACUGUUAAUGAGGAUUCAGGGAGAGCUCUGUUCUACUGGUUUUUUGAGGCUGUUGAGGACUCUGCCGAUAAACCUCUUGUUCUAUGGCUUAAUGGAGGACCUGGAUGUUCUUCAAUUGCUUUUGGUGAGGCAAUAGAAAUAGGCCCACUUCUCAUUAAUGCUGAUGGGAAAUCCCUUCGCUGGAACCCUUAUUCUUGGAAUGAAGUUGCCAACGUUUUAUUUCUCGAUUCUCCUGUUGGGGUUGGUUUUUCGUAUUCAAACACAUCUUCAGAUUUGAUGAACAAUGGAGAUAAAAGAACAGCCGAGGAUUCUCUGGUUUUCUUAUUGAAGUGGGUUGAACGCUUUCCCCAAUUCAAAGGAAGAGAUUUUUAUAUUACAGGAGAGAGCUAUGGGGGGCAUUAUAUUCCUCAGCUAAGUCAAGCUAUUGUAAGGAACAACCUUCUAUCCAAGGAAAAAUCCAUCAAUCUUAAGGGCUAUAUGGUAGGCAAUGCUCUUUUUGACGAUCAUUAUGAUCAUGUGGGAGUUUUUGAAUUUUUGUGGUCAACGGGUUUGAUUUCUGAUCAAACAUACAAGCAACUUAAUCUAGUAUGUGCAAAUCAAUCUUUUGUACAUCCCUCAGAAUCUUGUGACGAGAUACUUGGGAUGGUCGAUAAAGAAAUCGGAAACAUCGACCCUUAUAGCAUCUUCACUCCUCCAUGCUCUGAUCUCUCUUCGAAUCGCCUACGAAGCCGAAUGCAUAGGAUUGGACGUGUUGGUGAACGCUAUGAUCCCUGCACUGAGAAGCACGCGGUUGCGUACUUCAAUCUACCUGAAGUUCAACAGGCGCUUCAUGUUGAUCCUAAGUAUGCUCCAUCUAAAUGGGAUACCUGCAGUGAGUUCGUUAACCUUAAUUGGAAGGAUUCUGCUGGCUCAGUGCUGGACAUAUAUCGGGAGCUGAUACAAGCAGGACUUCGUAUUUGGGUGUUCAGUGGUGACACUGAUUCUAUACUCCCAAUCACAUCUACCCGUUACAGUAUCGACGCCCUUAACCUUCCAGUAAUUGGACAUUGGCGUGCUUGGUAUGAUAAUGGCCAGGUUGGAGGAUGGAUUCAAGAAUAUGAAGGGCUAAACCUUGUGUCAGUGAGAGGAGCAGGCCAUGAGGUCCCUUUGCACAAACCAAAACUGGCUCUCCAACUCAUCAAAGCCUUUCUAGCAGGGAACGCACUCCCAGCCCUUCAGCUCCACAGUGACACUUAAAAAAAAAAAGCUUGAAAGCUCCUUUUCUGUUCAUUGUUGGAAUGUAAUGAGUGGAGGAGAGUUCUUAUUUGCGAAGCCAUUACUUGUUCAACAUGGGCAUUGAUUUUCAAGUUAAUAUCAAUAAAGAUGCCAUUGGGUUAGACAAUAUGGAUAUAGAUUGGAAUGAUUUCUUC